CCAAUCGUACAGUCUUGAGGUAACUGCCGAAGCUCGAAGUUACAACGGUUCCGAUCGAAAAAGAAAGAUUUUUCCGGUGUAUGUGUGUAUGUACUCGCGCCUUUCAAAAAUGCAAAAUGAAUGGAAAAGCUUCUACGAUGUAUUGGUGCAGAGGCCUGCAGACCUCAAGCUAGCAUUGAGACUCCACAGUCUGGACGAUGUCCAGUCGAACCUUAUUCUGAUCGAGGCCUGUAAGGAGCGGCAGCUAAAAAUCGUCCAAUACUUCAAACAGCGCUUGAAAAAAGUCACGAGAGCCCUGCCCGUAAACACCAGGACAGCAAUCCACGUCGCGGCGAAGCUCGAUCAGCCGGACUACUUCAACCUGCUCUGCGAGAUCUACGAUAACCAAGUGAAUUACAUGGACCCGGAGAGCCACUUCACGCACUUCCAGGCGGCCUUGCGAUUUGGCAACGAACAAAUGGCCAACAGUCUGCUUUCCCAAGGCAUCUCGGUGAACUCUCCAUUAUGUCUGGGUCCGGUUGGCCACAACGGCUAUACCCUGCUCAGUCAUCUAUGCGUCUUGGUAGCCAAAACCACGCUCGUUACCGAGAGAGAUACUUACUUGGAAAUGAUCAGGAGAUUGGUCGAAAACGGAGCCGAUGUCAACGUCGUCGAUAUAAACGGCAUUUCGCCCGUCCUGCAUCUCUUUUGUCGCGGCAUCACUUUCGGCCAGUGGCAAACGACACAGCGAACGGCGCUCGAUAUACUACUUAAUGCGGGUGCCAACAUGCUCCACAGAGACAAUCAAGGCCAAACCAUUUUGCACUACAUGCUGCGUCGCAGAUACCUACCCGAGUACCACGGCAACGCGUUCAAUCUGUCGCGAUACAACCCAGAGUUCCAGGAUUUUCUGAAGCUGGUUCACAAGCACAAGCCCGAUUUGAACGCUCCGGACAACAACGGCGUGACGCCGCUCAGCUACGCCGUCUCGGUCUGCAAUCGGGACGCAGUGGAUGAGUUGCUGCAGAUGGGUGCCGAACCGACAACGGUGACCUUCAAGGGUCAAUUUUUGCUUGAGGAAAACGGAAUGCUGAGGAAUUUGGAGCUAGCACAAAAUAUUCUAGACAUCGUGAAGCUUCUGAAGGCUAAGGGAUUCCGGAUGACACAUGGGCACGAUUACAGCGUGUUACAGUUUUUGCUAGGAUAUCCGACUGUGAAUCAUGAGCUCUUUGACCUCCCCUACGUGAUGGCUCUAGCAUUGAACCCGCAAGCGAUAAUCAGCUACUGCUACCAAUAUAUUAAUAAGUCGGACGAGAACCAGCAAAGCCGAGAGGAUAGUGUGCGCGACGCCCUCAUAAAUCACCUAAAAAUCGUCCACUUGGGCAAAAUCUACAUGAAUAAAAAUACCAAGAAAUGGAUGAAGGAUAAGUUAGGGACGAGGAACGUCGGAGAAAUUUAUCACCAGGACCCGGAGAUCCUUCGCGAGAUCGCACUGGCGCACUCGACGAUGACCGACGGCAAGGGUUUUUCGCUACUCGACGUGUGCACUUAUCCUAAAACCAAGGCCUACCAUGAGCUACAGUUAUUGAACUGGCAGAGUAUGUUGAAUGCCGAGAGUUUUCGACAGUUUAUACGCAUAGGGCCCACGAUCAAGGGCUGCGUGACCAGGAUACUGGUCUGGCAAUUUUUCGAAGUUAUCAUGAAGUCCACAUACGUGGACGUGUACUUUUAACUUUUUUGUUACGAGAUAGAAAUGUGACCGAUCGUAAGAGAGAAGCGUUUCGCAUGUAUUGUUCGUUACAUGGAUUAACGUUAUUUUUUAUACACUAUAAAUACUCUUUGUGACGAUUGUACACGAAAUCCGAUAGAUAAUUCAAGAAAAAUAUAAUUUGAAUAAAUUUAAUUUUCUUGCGUCAACAAUAA